CGAUAAAGUUUUGGAAAUAAGUCGGCGCAGCAGCAAUGGCAGCUCCCAUGACUUGGAGGAGGYUGGUGCACUCUGUAUACUCCCCAGCCAUCGCCGGGGUUUUUAGCCGGAUAUCUGACCGGUUCUUCCGCGCCCAGGACAGAAGGAGAGGGUCAGCCAUGUUGCUGCUGGCUCCACUGCUUGCUCCAGCCGAGCCAGCGCCACGCCACGUUUCCAGGCCCACCGGGUCAGCCGGAGCUCAGGGCUCAGACGGCCUCUGCAGCCACUUCCGAUGGAUGGCGGAGCAAGUACCCGCCUUCCGGGUGCCGGGAGCCCACAUCCAAAUCCUGAUGUCACCAGACCAGUUUUACCAGGCGAUGAAGGCCGGCAUCAGAAGCGCACAAAGGCGUGUGGUGAUGGCGUCCUUGUAUCUGGGAACGGGACAGCUGGAGCAGGAACUGGUGGACUGCAUGGAGGAAGCKCUCCUACAUGCAAAAGAAAACAGUCGCUCUCCUGACCUCAAAGUUUCGGUGCUACUGGACUACACUCGCGGAUCAAGAGGUCAGAUUAACUCCCGGACCAUGCUGCUGCCUCUGCUGCAGCGCUUCACCUCUCAGAUGCGAGUAUCUUUAUACCACACUCCGGACCUGAGAGGCCUGCUGCGACUCCUGGUGCCGCAGCGCUUCAAUGAGACCAUUGGAGUCCAGCACAUCAAAGUUUACCUCUUUGACGACAGCGUCAUCAUCAGCGGGGCCAACCUGAGCGACUCGUACUUCACCAACAGGCAGGACCGCUACGUGCUCCUGGAGAACUGCAGGGAGGUGGCGGACUUCUUCUCCGACCUGGUGGAGGCCGUKGGGGACGUCUCCCUGCAGCUGCAGCCGGACAACUCGGUCACUGUGCAGGACGGCAUGGUACACCCCUACAAAGGAAACCGGGAGGACUUCUCGGCAGCGGCGAGGAAGCGCAUCAUGGAGGUCGUGAGCUUGGCCCGCGUGAGACAGCAGCAGCAGCUGCGGCGCUCCAGGGAGGAAGAGGCCAGGAGCGAGGAAGAGGAGGACACCUGGGUGUUCCCGCURGUCCAGAUGAAACCUCUGGGCAUCCGGAUGGAUGAGCAGGUCACACAGCGGCUGCUGACAGACGCCGGGCCGGACUCCACUGUGUUUCUAACGUCGGGUUACUUCAACCUGACCCGGGCUUACAUGCGGCUGGUGCUGGAGACCGGAGCCAGCUACCGAAUCCUGACCGCUUCCCCAGAGGUCAACGGGUUCUUCGGGGCCAAAGGCGUCGCCGGAGCGAUUCCUGCAGCCUACAUCCACAUCGCCAGGCAGUUUUACAACCGAGUGUGCCAGCUGGGCCAGCAGGAGAGGGUCCAUCUGCACGAGUACCACCGGCCGCAGUGGACGUUCCACGCUAAAGGUUUGUGGUAUUACCUCUGGGGGCAGGACAGGCCUUGCCUCACUCUAAUUGGCUCCCCUAAUUUCGGUUACCGCUCGGUUCACCGCGACCUGGAGGCCCAGAUCGCCAUAGUGACGGAGAACGAAGCCCUUCAGAGCCAGCUCCAGGAGGAGCAGGAGACGCUGUACCGGCGCUCCACAGAGGUGUCCGACUCCACGUUCCAGCAGGCGAACCGCUACGUCAAGCUGUGGGUCAAGCUGGUCACCCCCCUCAUCAAGAACUUCUUCUGAGAUCCAAAAGGUUCAAACCAUCACACAAAAAAACGCUUUUUACACCUGAAGGCAUUAAUGUGUAAAAAGGGAAGUAUUAUGUAGAAUCGACUUUUCUGAGCAUUACAUCAUGUUACAAUGUUAA